AUGGCUUUCGCCAAUUUCCGCCGCAUCCUGCGCCUCUCCACCUUCGAGAAGCGCCGCUCCAAGGAGUACGAGCAUGUCCGCCGCGACCUGGACCCCGGCGACGUGUGGGAGGUCGUGGGCGAGCUGGGCGACGGCGCCUUCGGCAAGGUGUACAAGGCUAAGAAUAAAGAAACUGGUGCCUUAGCAGCUGCCAAGGUCAUUGAAACCAAGAGCGAAGAUGAACUGGAAGAUUAUAUGGUGGAGAUUGAAAUUCUGGCGACCUGUGACCAUCGACACAUCGUCAAGCUGCUGGGAGCCUUUUACUGGGAUGGCAAGCUUUGGAUCAUGAUCGAGUUUUGCCCGGGAGGUGCCGUGGAUGCCACCAUGCUGGAGCUGGACCGAGGCCUGACUGAGCCCCAGAUUCAAGUGAUUUGCCGGCAGAUGUUGGAAGCCCUGCAUUACCUGCACAGCAAGAAGAUCAUCCACCGGGACCUGAAGGCAGGCAACGUGCUCCUCACCCAGGAUGGAGACAUCAAGCUGGCUGACUUUGGAGUGUCUGCCAAAAACCUGAAAACCUUGCAGAAGCGAGAUUCCUUCAUCGGAACCCCUUACUGGAUGGCCCCGGAGGUGGUGAUGUGCGAGACCAUGAAAGACACUCCGUACGAUUACAAGGCUGACAUCUGGUCCCUGGGAAUUACGCUCAUCGAAAUGGCCCAGAUCGAGCCGCCUCAUCAUGAGCUCAACCCCAUGAGAGUCCUGCUGAAGAUCGCCAAGUCCGACCCUCCCACGCUCAGCUGCCCUUCCAAAUGGUCCAAAGAAUUCAGAGACUUCUUGAAGACUGCCCUGGACAAGAACCCGGAGACCCGGCCAAAUGCAGCACAGCUGCUGGAGCACCCCUUCGUUAGCAAGGUCACGAGCAACCGGGCCCUGCGCGAGCUGGUGGCGGAGGCGAAGGCUGAGGUGAUGGAGGAGAUUGAAGACAGCCGGGAGGACGCAGAAGAGGACGACUCAUCGGAGUCUGCCUCGCCCCCUGGGAAGCACAAACGAGAUCCCUCUGAAGCGAGUCAGAUGAGUUUUGAUGGGGAGAAACCUCCAGACUCUUCCUCACCCAUGAUAGYUAACGGGCCUGUGGAGGCUGGAAGGGAAAUUGCAGAUGGACAAAGCAAUAAAGUGAAGGGAGAUGAACAGAUAGGCAGUGACAAUAAAAAAAUGGAGAGCAACCACCAUAUGAAAGGUGUCACCAGCUCUGCUGCUACUGGCACAGAAGGUGGAGAAGUUGCCUUCAGCACCCAGAGCAAUUCAACUGAAGGGAACAAGCAGCCAGGGCCAGCCAGCAAAGAGCACAAGAGCAUCGGGGACCGGCCAGAGAGCAGCCACUUGGAAAACUUCACGGAGGAUAAACUUGCCAAUGGGAGCUUGGAUUCCUCGGCUCCGUUUUCCAGCAACCGGUACAAAAGAGAUUCGGAUUCUGGCAGCACUUCAGCUUCAGAAAGCAUGGACCUCACCAUCUCGCUGUCUGCUGACCUGUCCCUCAACAGAGAGAGUGGCUCUCUGUCUCUGAAGGAUUCUCGGAUGCAGAAGAAGACACUGAAGCGGACUCGGAAGUUUGUGGUGGAUGGAGUAGAAGUGAGCGUCACCACCUCAAAGAUCAUCAGUGAGGAUGAGAAAAAGGAUGAAGAGAUGAGAUUUCUCAGGCGCCAGGAGCUGCGGGAGCUGCGUCUCCUUCAGAAAGAGGAGCACCGAAACCAGGCCCAGCUCAACAGCAAGCACCAGCUGCAGCUGGAGCAAAUGUUCAGGCGCUUCGAGCAAGAGUUGACGGCAAAGAAGAAAUUCUACGACACCGAACUGGAGAACCUUGAACGUCAGCAGAAGCAGCAGAUCGAGAAGAUGGAACAAGAUCACUCGCUGCGYCGGCGAGAGGAGGCAAAGCGCAUUCGCUUGGAGCAGGAACGGGAUCAUACCAAAUUUCUGGAGCAGCUGAAGCAGAUGAAGAAGGAGGUCAAGAACGAGGUUGAAAAAUUGCCUCGGCAACAAAGGAAAGGAAACCUGAAGGUGAAGAUGGACGACUUUUCCCAAAAGAAGCAAACUAUGGAACAGGAGUUUUUGGCCAAGCAGAAAGAGGAUCUGGAGYUGGCCAUGAAGAAUAUAACAGCCCAGAACAAAAAAGAGAUUUGUGACAAGGAACGCGAGUGCCUGAACAAAAAGCAGCAGCUCAUGAGAGAUCGUGAGGCCUGCAUUUGGGAUCUUGAAGAGCAUCAGCAGCAGGAGAAGCACCAGCUUGUCAAGCAGCAGCUGAAGGACCAGUACUUCCUCCAGCGGCAUGAGUUGCUCCGGAAGCAUGAGAAGGAAAGGGAGCAAAUGCAGCGAUACAACCAACGCAUGAUAGAGCAGCUGAAAGUUCGGCAGCAGCAGGAGAAGGCCCGGCUCCCCAAAAUCCAGAGGAGUGAAGGGAAGACACGCAUGGCCAUGUACAAGAAGAGCCUUCACAUCCACUCCAGCGGGAGUGCAGCCGAGCAGCGGGAGAAGAUAAAACAGUUUGCUCAGCAGGAAGAGAAGAGGCAGAAGGCAGAGCGGCAGCACCAGCAGCAGAAACAUGAGACACAGAUGAAGGACAUGCUUGCCCAGUGUGAGAGCAACACGAACGAGCUCCAGCAGCUGCAGAAUGAAAAGUGUCACCUCUUGAUUGAACAUGAAACRCAGAAGCUAAAAUCCCUGGAUGAGAAUCACAACCAGCACAUGAAGGAGUGGCGGGACAUGCUGAGGCCACGGAAGAAGGCUCUGGAGGACGAGCUGAACCAAAAGAAGCGUGAACAGGAGAUGUUCUUCAAGCUGAGUGAGGAGGCAGAUGGACCGACUCCAGCAUCCCCAAACAAACAUGCCAAGUUUGUCCCAUUCAGCUCUGCAGAAAGCUUGUAACCCCUAGUGGCUGGCAGACUUGGAAGACCCUCUCACCAGCAUCUCCUUAGAACAGCAUCAUCCUGCUCUCCUUGCUCCAUCUGGGAUAAACACAGCCUCUGUCUUAAGCUGCAGAAGGUUGACUGGAAGUUUUGGUGGCUCUUCCAGGGACUGGUCUGCCCAGCACAACUCCGCAAUGGGAAGCCUGGGAGGGAGCAUCUCCUGUGAUCUUUCCUGCACUGUUCACUGAAUGCAUCACCUUUUAUGUUGAGCCUGGUGCUCACUGGGCUUGUCAGCCCUGACUGAGCAAUAACAGCUCUGAAGAGGAGAAAUGGGCAGCAGCUCUUGUACUCUGUCCAGUGGUUAUUAACCUCUUUUUGCUGUAGCUGCUUGUCCUCCUGGUCCUCUGCAUCAGGGUAAACAACUUGUCUGUGGCAAAGCAGCUUUGACCUUGUCUUGAGCUGACCUUGGCCUUGUGGACCCCCAUCACUUGCCAUGGAAGAGUUAUUUUCACCUACUGUGGCCCUUCUUUGCUCAAGGCAGACAUGGUGGUUUGGAUUUUUUUUUCCUUUUGAGGAGGCUGUGCUUUUUCUUCCCCUCUUCUUCCCAGCACAGGCCAUGCAGGAAGUGGGUUGGCUGGGUUUGCUUUAGAAGAUGCCCCUCCUUCUUUUUUUGCCUUGAUUGCUGGCACCCCAUCCCUCUGGCGCCUACCUGACACUAUCUGACGAGAGUUUGGAAUAGAGCACUGAAGAGUCAGGCCCCCAGGCUCACAGCCAGCAACGUGCAAGUCAUAGCUGAGCUGCUCAGCAGGCUUCUGCAUGUUAACCAAGUGUGUAUGUGCUGAGGGAGAACCCUGUAGCGGUGUCCAGGUCUGCGGUGACACAGUAAGGUGUCGGUCAUGAUUAUGUAUGUGCCUGCUGGUCAAGGCACAUAAGAAGAGGGAAGAGGGAAGGAUUUUAUUUCCAGAUCUCUUGCAGUCAUACACACCUGCUUGAGCUUUGCUAAGUGCCAUAUAAGCAUGGACCAUGUAGCCACCUGGCCACGUUGCUAUCAAGGGUACAGGUUGCUAUCAAGGGUACAGGCUGCAAAGCAUGGUUUAAAAAGAAUGAAUGAGUCUUGAAGUAAGUCAUGCCAGGGAAGGAAGAGGAAAGAGUUCAAACUCGCUUGAUAUUCUCAGUGUGACUUCUUUUUUCGUUGAUGUCUUAUCUCCUUAAGAUGUGCCACGGUCUAUCUUAGAUGCUUCUCCUUGCUUUCUGCUUGCAGCAAAGGAAGAGUGGCAUGUCCAGUCCAAUGUCCUUCUCUCUGCUGCAUGGUGAUGUUGUUAGACUGCCCUUCUCCACCUGCACAAGCCACUGCUUGGCUGAGCUUCUGGGUAGGACCCAGAGCAGAGGACAGUGACCUCACUGGGCAGUCCUUUACCAAACACAGUGAUCCAAAGGCAUGGGGUAGCACUUAGGUUUUUUUUUUUCUGUUGAUCUCUUGACCACAUUGUUUGUUUUAUACUGCUUUCCUAGCAAGAAAAAAAAAAUAAUAAUAAAAAAGGCUGUUUCUACUGAGAAAAAAAAAAGAUAUCUUAAAAUCGCAUAUGUUGAUUCAGGGGCACACUGGCAUUUCAGGAAAAGGUGUAUGAAGUUUAUUGGCCUGUAUUGGUAAGUAUUGGUACUUAGCCCAAGUGGUUGGCCUCCGAGGUCUUUAACACCUCUUUAUCUCAGGCAUUUACUACCUAAUUAGACUUUGUAAUACAUAUCUGCAGGCUUCAUGCAAACCAGAGGGACAGCAUCUAUCUGGGCCGUCCAAAGUUUCUUGUGAAUUCACACCAUUAAUGUCUUCAUUAGAAAACAUAGGCAGUCUAGAUAGCCAUGGAAGGGCUGGGACCCUUURCAAGCAGACUGGCUUUAAAAAAAAUCAGUAACUAACCUUCACUUUGACCUGUCCCAUCUCCAAAAGCAGCAUCUGUACCUUUGGGAUGUGCUGAUCGUGUCAGCCGGGGAGCUGAUGUAAGAACAAAUAAAUGCAGAGGGCUGCUUCCAAACAGGCAUGUGUUGGUCUCAGCUUUCUAAUAGCACUAGAAAUGUGUGGUGACAGCCCCUGGGAUUUAAUUCCCAGUCCCCUGGGAUGAGCCUGGAGACAGGAUAUGAAAUGGUUGUUGUCAGAGAAGCCAGAGCCUGGCAGCCCUCAUGCACAGUGUGCAGAAGGGCACCUCUGUACACUGUUCAGAACG